AUGGUGGGAAGGCGGCAGAUCUUGCACUGGCUCGGCGUCGACAGCCCUACGUCAAGGACUCUGCUUGUCCUCAAACUCGCAGUGUUCUUGGACAUGGUCGGGGUAGGUCUAUACGUUCCUCUGCUUCCCUUCUAUUGGCGUGAGCUGGGGGUCAAGACCGAGCUGCUGGGUCUGGUGGCCUCAGUGUACCAGAUCUCCCAGAUAGUCAGCGGGGUGGUGCUGGGGUAUGUUAGUGACCACAUGUCGGGCAGGAAGAACAUUCUCCUGCUCAGCUUCUUGGGGAGCGCAGUGUCGUACGCCCUUGCUGGGCUCUCGUACCAGAACUCUCUCAUCUCCACCCUCGUGCUGAGCCGCUUCAUCGUCGGGCUGGUAAAGCAGACCAUGACCAUCAGCAGGGCUAUCACGACUUCGCUCACCACCGACGAGGACAGGACUAGGUCCCUGUCGCAUCUGCGCGCUUGCGCCACCCUCGCCUUCCUCGUUGGGCCCACCAUGGGCGGCCUCCUCUCAAAGACCUUCAACAAGGCAGUACCAGCAUACGCGGCUGCUGCGCUCUUCGUGCUCAAUGCUCUAAUGGUGCAGAUCGUGCUCCCGAACGACAUCUCCUCGCAUGCACACCCGGCCAAGGAGAAGAAGGAGGAGACGGAGGAGGAGGAGAAGAAGGAGGAGGAGAAACGCAAGACCCUCGUGCGAAGCAACUCGACGGGCGCCGUGCAAGGGAUCAGGGACUUGCUGGAGAAGGAGGGGCUGGGCAGCCUGACACUCAUCAAGUUCCUCAACUCAGUCUUCGUGGCUGCCUGCCACGUGUUCUCAUCCAAGUACGUAACGGAAAAAUACGAGCUGGAGCCACACCACAUGGGGUACCUCUCCUCUUACCAGUCUCUUGUCUCGCUAGCCUCUCAGACGUACCUUGUCGCGGCCAUCUCUAAGAGGUUUGGUGAGGAGAGGACACUGCAAGCCGCUUUCCUGUGCUGGAAGGCUUCUCUCAGCACAUCCUCAUCUAUGCUGCGCUGA